CGUCUUUUGGUUGCGUUAUGCGUACGUGUGAAACAUGCCCCAGGCAAAGAGUCGCCCGCGCAUCCCUGGAUGGUCCAACUAACUAGGGACACCGCGUCAGAGAACCUUCCUCGUUCUUUCCGCCUCUCGUUUUCCCCUCCUCUUUUGUUCUUUCAUUUUUCGUCAUCCGUCCUCUGCACCAAUUUCGCAUACAAUACCUGCACCUACACGUUCCCCCGCCGGAUCUUCCAUCUCAAAAGGAAGUUCUCGGCUUAUGCUUUACUUUUUAUGUUCGUCUGCCUUGCAAUGCCGAUAGCUGCGAGUUUUGCGGCGACAUUUUCGGGGUCCGUUGUUCAUUUGGCCGAGACAAGCUCCAGGGUUCGUUUCGAUCGCCGCAUCAGUCGGCCUGCUAAUCCGGCCACUUUCAACUGUCCUUUUCAGAAUGGCUUGCUCUUGCCCCGGCUUGCUUAUGGUCACUCAAGGAUUGCAGUUAAACCUUCAUCUAUCCGUGCAGCAUUGUUGGAUGAGACAGUUGCACAUCAAAAUCUCAGAAAAAUGAAUUCUGAAGUAUUGGCAUUUGAUCUAGUUCAAGGAGCACUCGUAAAGUGGAGUAAUGUAAUGGAUAGAUCACCUGAUCCACCAACAGCAGUCUUUCUGCAUGGAAUUCUAGGCAGCAGAAAGAACUGGGGAACCUUUGCUAGAAGAUUGGCAAAAGAAUUUCCAGCAUGGCAGUUUCUUUUGGUGGAUUUGCGAUGUCAUGGUGAUUCAACCUUUACUACGAAGAUGAGCCCUCACACUGUUUCUGCUACUGCUCUUGAUGUAUUGAAGCUGGUCCGACAGCUGAAAAUAACACCUCGAGUUCUAGUUGGACACAGCUUUGGAGGAAAAGUUGUCUUGAGUAUGGUAGAACAGGCUGCUAAACCUCUUGCUCGGCCAGUGAGAGUUUGGGUUCUCGAUGCCACUCCUGGUAUAGUUCGACCUGGUGGAGAUGGAGAGGACCAUCCUGAAAAAUUAAUAUCCUUCCUAAGUAUGCUGCGAAAUGAGGUAUCCUCAAAGCAGGAUGUCGUGAAUGCUCUUGUUCAACAUGGAUUUUCUAAGGAUGUCGCACAGUGGGUGGUUACUAACCUUCGACCUAUUGGGCCUCGUGGUUCAUCAUCAUCUGGCUUUUCAUGGGCGUUUGAUCUCAAGGGCAUUGCUGAAAUGUAUAAGUCCUAUGAAGAGACAGAUUUAUGGAAAAUUGUGGAAGAUGUUCCCCGUGGUGUGCAUAUCAGUUUCUUGAAAGCUGAAAGAAGCUUGCACCGAUGGGCACUUGAAGACAUUCGGAGAAUUCAUGCUGCAGAGAAACUGGCCGUUGAGGAGGGAGGUGGGGUUGAAAUGCAUGUCCUUGAGGAUGCGGGUCAUUGGGUGCAUGCUGAUAACCCAGAUGGACUCUUUCGGAUCUUGUCAUCCUCCUUCAAAAGACUCAGAACUUGAGGCAAGAAAGGCAUUGUUGGUUGAUAUCUCAAUUCCCAGUUCAUAUAGGCAAGCAUAGGAACAUAAUUUUGUUUUAUCUGUUGCACAUAACAGUUUUGCCUUGUGGUUUCAUUCUCGUAACCCCAAGCUUUGUUUAGCUUUACAUGUCUCUGCCGUUUCCAUAAAAGCUAGUGGAUUUGUUUAUGAUGAAUACGCUGAUGAUGUUCCACGUUGGCUGGGCUUCUUCACUUUCCAAUCUUCUUUGCGUAUUUACAACAUAUGAAGCUUAAAUGUUGCCUCCUA